AUGGAGAGAGAUACGCUGGCAUUGCCCGCUGACGGUGACCUGUCUGCAAUACCAGAGUCCCAACUUGGCAGCCCCUCUGCUGAGAGCUUCGAGCCAAGCUCGACAGAGCCCCCUGCCAGAGAUGGGUGGGACAGUAAAAUUGAGUAUUUUCUAGUUCAGGUGGGCUUCAGCGUUGGUCUUGGAAACGUCUGGAGAUUCCCCUACCUCUGCCAUCAGAAUGGAGGAGGAGCCUUCCUCCUCCUGUACGUGCUGCUCAUGAUCGUCAUGGGGAUCCCUCUGUUCUUCCUGGAGCUGGCGGCCGGCCAGGCCAUCAGACAGGGCAGCAUCGGCCUUGGUUUUUGCUCAAUUUCUUAUUUUAUUGCGACCGAGGUGACCCUGGAGUACCCAGACUGGGCCAUCGCCGUCCUGUCUGGCCUCAUCCUGUUUGCCAUCAUGCCCGUCCUGCUGGGCUACCUGCACGCCACGCUGAGGAGCAGAGCCAAGCAGCGUGCUAGAGACAGAGAAGCAGUCACCUACAGCAGGUGUGCCACGGAGUAG